AUGCGUUUCUCCACCUUGCUCGCCCUCGGCCUCCCCAUCGCCGCCCUCGCCGCCCCUUCGGCCAACCCUAACCCCGAGGCCGACGCCAUCCUUGCCAAGUCCGAGAUCGUUGCCGGCUCGGCCGAGAGCGCCAUCGAGGCGCGCGCCGCCGUCUACUUCAACGUUUGCAUUGUAACAGCCAGCGCUCUCAAAUACCGCACCUGCGCUAGCACCAGCUGCGCGGCCGUUGGGCAGUAUUCCAAGGGCAAGAAGCUCAAUACCUACCUGACAAAGAUCUCGCCCACUCCUGCCUGGGUUCAUCUGAAGAACGGAUACUGGGUCUCGGGCAAGUACUGCCAGGCCUACAGCGGUCCUCUUUAA